UUUCUCAUCAGUGACCAUGUUGCUCCUGCUCAUAUACAUUCAGCUUACAGCAAUACAAGCACAAGACUAUCGAAUAGCUUUGCGGGGUUCGAGUCACCCGUGUGAGGGCCAUGUGGAGCUGUACUACCAAAACCAGUGGGGUUUGGUGGGUCAUCAUGGGUGGAAGUCUGCAAACGGUGAGGUCGUGUGCAGGUCUUUAGGCUGCGGUAAACAUGUGAAAUCUGGGGUUCUAUACCACAAAUUCAACGGUUCUCUGAUUUCGAACUUUUGGUUGGAUGAGAUCAACUGUACGGGGAACGAGCAAAACCUCUGGAACUGCGCUUCAAACGGCUGGAAUAUCACUCACUGUCGAAAUUAUGUCUCAGUGGUUUGUUCAGGAAACAUUUCUCUGAGUCUGAAUCUACAUGGAGUAACUGGCGAGUGUGCUGGAGAGGUUAAGUUCACGACACCGAGUGACGUAUUUGUGUGUGAGGAACACUGGGAUACAGGCAAAGCUAAUAAGGUGUGCGAAGAACUUAACUGUGGGAAAUAUUUGAAGUACUUCAUGUUGAAGAUGUCGAAUUUGACAGCAAAUUCCAAAAGUGUGGCCCUAAAUUGUCAAGGCAACGAAGACUUCUUAUGGCAGUGUGUGAAAUGGACAGCACCUAUAUCAAACAUCUGCCAAAAUAAAAUAGGCAUCAUCUGCUCUGGUUAUGAGGGCGUCCGUCUGCAUGGUGGUGCUAAUGUUUGUGAAGGAACUUUGGACAAGAAGAAGUACAGCACUGAAGAAAAUUGGAAGGAAGAAUCGUGUCAAGGGUUUAAUAAGAGUGAGCUGGAUAAAAUGUGUGCUAAGAUGAAGUGUGGAAAAGCUGCUGCUGUGAAUCCAUGCAUAAACACAACGCUUAAUUGCACAGAUCGGGUCAAGGUAGAGCUAAGAAACGAGAAACGUCCGCUGAUGUGUUAUGGGGACGUCUACUUCAAUGUGAAUGGCGCUCACCAGGCGAUGUGUGUCGAUAACAACGUUUCCUUUGAGAAAGCUGGUGAGGUGGUGUGCAGAGAGCUGAAAUGUGGAAGCCUGCUCUCUGUAUCGCUAAACACUCAAUUGAUGGAUAGCAUGAUUAGCCAUGUUGAAUGCGAUGGACAGGAGAAAUCUCUGUGGGAGUGCAUAUACAAGUCUGAUGCAAAUAGACCUUGCAAAACCAUCAAUGUUAUAUGCUCAGGCUCUCUGGACAUGCGUCUGAGCUACGGUCUGGACAAGUGCGCAGGCCAACUGGAGAUAAAACACAAGGAUUCCUGGUGGAAAAUGAACUCUGAAGGCUGGACGAAGCAAAAUUCGGACAUGGUGUGUCAAUAUCUCGAUUGCGGAGACUCAGUGGAUAAUAAAAAACAUAACUUUGUCAAGAGCAAGUUGUCUGCACUGGAUUGGAAGCUGACUUGCAGUGGCUCUAACAUAUCACAGUGUAGGAUGCAAUACCAGGGCUUUAAGGGGGAUGUCAUCAUCAUCUGCAAAAAGUAUGAGCUCUGGUUUUUGCAUGGCAACUCUUCAUGUGAAGGCAGAGUGAAGUCUGAAUCAGGUGAAUACUUGCAGAACAUCACGGACGAAAAGGCUAAAGAAGUGUGUACAUGGAAUCAUUGUGUGCCCUCUACAAACAAAGAUAUCUUUACAAACCCCCUCGAUUGCACUGCAAAACCAAACUCAACCUUCAAUUGCUCAGAACCUCAGUAUGCUCAUGUGAAAUGCUCAGGCUCCAGGGAGGUACGUUUGCAGAACAAAUGUCACGGGAAGGUUCUGGUGUGCUCCAAUGACAAGUGUGGGGUUUGUGAGGACACUUGGACAAAAGAGCAGUCGAGAAUGCUCUGUAAAAUGCUGGGCUGUGGAGAUGUGAUCAAUGAGCAGUACAGCGAGAAGAAAACUGGAGAUGGAGUGACCAUAGCCAGUGUACACUGUUCUGAAUCAGCUCAGAACUUCAACCAGUGCAACUUCGUACAACUUAAAGACACUACCUUAUGCCAAAAUGCAGCCUACGUUGCAUGCACAGGAAGCGUGAGCGUUGUGAUGGAAGACCCGAGAGAUAAGUGCGCUGGAAACCUGAAGCUGUUUUACGCCGGAGUUUGGCAAUCAGUGUGUGCAAAGGGAAUCGAUACUAAGACCCAGAAUGCAAUGUGUACAAUGCUGGGCUGUGGAAAUGCGGUCAGUUUCGACGAGGGUCUCAACAGCACGUUAAAGAGCAAAGGAGUGACAGGAGUCACGUGUUCGGAUGGCAACAUUUCCAACUGUGACUUCUCCAAAAGUGCAGUACAACAAUGCCAAGUUGGCUUCCUCAGUUGCACAGGUUGGAGAAGGUUGCUGCUCACCAGCACUAAAGAAGCCUGCACAGGUGAAGUGUACCUCCAGAAUAACGAGCAAAUCUACGCAGUGAGCAGCGAUGGUUGGAGCGAUCGGGAAAGUGAUCAGUUGUGCAAAUAUUUAAAUUGUGGAAAUUUUAAUAACUCUAUGAUUAAAGAACAGCAGGUUUAUCCUUACUGGAAGAAGAGCUACAAUUGCACAGAGAACCAGAGAAGCAUCUGGGACUGUGAGAAGGAAAAGGCACCUACAGGGAAUCAUCAUCUGCACAUCAGCUGCACGGACAAACCUCAGGUAACACUCAAAGGCAACUGCAGCGGUGAGGUGAGGCUUAAGAACGGUCCCAUGUGUUACAAGUCACAUCAGACGGAGCAUGUGUUCCAUGAGCUCUGUCAACAGUUGGGCUGCAGCAUGUUCUUCAGAGCCUGGUCCACCAAGUCCCAGGGUAACGCUCGCUACGUGAGCUGCACAGGAAAAGAAAACAAUCUGUGGCAGUGCAACUCAUGGGAGGAUAAGUGUGAAGAUGUCGUUUCACUGGCGUGCACAAAGGCUAUUACAUGGAGAUUCAGCGAAGUUUGUGGAGGCAAACUUCAAGUGAACUACAGAGGAAAUUGGGAACCCGUCUGUCCAGUGGACAUAUACAGUGCAGAUAGGUUAUGUCAGAAGACAGACUGUGGAAACUUGGUUGAAAAACAGGGUUUGGAUGUAAAAACAAACGAGAAUGUGGAUGUAAUGAUGCAAUGUAAACAUGAGCAUACCCUUCUGAUGCACUGCUUCAAACCAGUACUGAAACCCUGCACGAUGCAGGCUGAGAUUAAAUGUGAAAAGUAUAUACCUUUGGCAAAUCCACCAGACAUGGGGCUGAUUGUAGGGAUCGUGGUAGGACUCUUGCUGGUGCUGUUGGCUGCAAUAAUCUUGUUUAGGAAGAGGAAAACUAUACUUGCCGUAUUGAGGUCCAAGUUUUCUCCUGCUGAGGAUUCUGACGAGGAGUACAGCGAAAAUGAGAUGCAGAGUUUUGCAGAGCAAAAAGGUGCGUUUGAAACAGAUGAUUAUGAUGAUAUUGAUGCCACGAUGAACUCCAUAGAGGACAAUAACAGCCAAGCAAUCUCCUCUGACCAUGAUGAGGAGAACAGAAGCACAAGCUCAGGCUCCUCUGGAACCGAAUAUGAUGAUGUUGAUGAAGAAACUGCCAAACCACCAGCAAGCAGCAGUCCCUCUAAUCCACUCCUUCCCCCCAGACCUGAUAAUCUACUCGAUGUGGUGACGUUCGAAGCGGAAGUGGAGCCGCAGGAGGACUACGACGAUGUUAUAUUACACCAGGAUGUGAUCAGGGAGCAAGGAGACAGCUGUGAGGUCCCUGGUCCAUCAUCAAAUCCACCAUUACUGCUCUCUAACGCUGAGGCUCAACCUCAGGAAGAUGAGUAAUCAAGAUCAUUUUCAGAACCAAAUUUGAUUUAUGUUCAUUUUGUUCAAUUGAAGUGGCAGAACUUCAGUAGCAACAAUGAAAUUCAGGGAAAACUGUGUAAUGAGAAUCAGAACUGUAACUGUAAAGAAGCUCCACAUAGAAUCUAUUUUCAAAUCAUUUUUUCAUGGUGCAUGUUCAUGUAUAUAAAACUUAUAGUAAAUAAUUUGGCCAGAUUUAUAUUAUAAUAUGCUUACAAUUAAAUUUAUCUUCAGAUGUUAAAAAACUAUUUUGUAUAGAAGCAGUUGGGUAAAUCAAUGUAAUUUGCCUUAAGCAUGAAAACUAUGGUGUUUAAUGUAAUUUUAUAUUGCUUUAAAAAGAGCACAAUUAUGAUCUUGUUGUGAUAUUAUUAUUAUUAUUAUUAUUAUUAUUAUUAUUAUUAUUAUUAUUAUUAUUAUUAUCAUUUCUUUUAUUACUACUUCUACAACUAGAAUAUCUGCACUUGAAUUUAGACUGUUAUAGGGAAGUGGUAGCUCUAUAGUUGAGACGUCAUGAGUUUAAAUUCUAGCACUACCAAUUUUCCACCAUUGGGCCCUUGAGCGAGGCCCUUGAUCCUCAACUGCUCAGUGUAUAAAUGAUAUAAGUCGCUUUUGAUAAGGCUGCAAAAUGCAGUAUAUGUAAAAAAGAUAUGCAAGUUUUAGUAUGGACAUUCUGACCUGUCUGCUCUUUGUUUGUUUAUUUCCUGCCUCAAUCCCAUGUUGAAGUUUCUUCAGUAUUAACUGCCUGUGUUUGCUUUAUUUCCCAACAAUAUAUACAAUAUAUUCCUGAAAUAAAACUCCCU